AUGCCUGGAAAGAAAAGCGUCCUCUUCGUGUGCUUAGGAAAUAUAUGUAGAUCUCCAAUCGCUGAAGCGGUAUUUCUGGACAUCAUAAAGAAGCGUGGUAUCAGCGAUCAAUGGAUUGUUGAAAGUGCUGCCGUCAUCGAUUACCAUAACGGUAAACCACCAGAUAACCGAGCUAUGAAAACACUCGAAAAGUUUGGGAUCACCGACUACAAACACAGGGCAAGAGUUGCUACGACUUCAGACAUACGCGACUUUGACUAUAUUUUUGGAAUGGAUGACAGCAAUAUUAGCAACCUCUAUGAUCUAAAUCAACAGGAAUCAACUUAUUGCAGAAAGGCAAAAAUAAGCCUUCUGGGAGAAUAUGAUCCCCAAGGAGAGAAGAUCGUUCCUGAUCCAUUCUAUUCCAAAGGAGUCGCUAUGUUUGAGCAGGUUUACCAUCAGUGUGUCCGCUGCUGUGAAGCAUUUUUGGAUACUCUUAGUUGAUGUAAACCGUCUAUAUUUUUUGAGUAGCCUUCAGGCUCCUUUGCUUGUUUUAUUGAGUAGAAAGGUCAUAAUAAAUGGUUGGUCUCA